CCGACGAGGACAAAUCACGAAUCUUAAACCGCGCCAUCCCAACCUUUUUCUCUCUCUCUCUUUUUUUUUUUUGUGUUUUUGUUUUUUGGGGGAACCGUUCCUCCGGCGGCCUAUAAAUACUCUUUGUAGAGAUUAAAUUAAGUUUUGUUCCUUAUUGGGACUCCUGAUUAAGAUAGGUUGCGAACUCCAGUUGAUUGGCUAGGGUUUUGUUUCUCAUCGGCUUGCCGGUUGCUGGUUUUCUGGAAGACUUGAUUGAUUGAGGCUGUUCAUACGUCGUGGAGAUGGGGGACGGCCCUGGGCUGAAGGAAUUAGAAUAUCUCUCGCUCGUCUCUAAGGUAUGUUCAGAACUCGAGACUCAUUUAGGUGUUGGGGAGAAGGUUUUAGCUGAAUUUAUUACUGAAAUUGGUAGAAAUUGUGAGAAUGUGGAUGAGUUUGAUGCUAAGCUUAAAGAGAAUGGUGCUGAGAUGCCCGAUUAUUUUGUCCGGACUCUGCUGACCAUUAUUCAUGCUAUUUUGCCUCCCAAACCUAAGUCCGAGAAGGAACCUAAGGUUGAGGAAAAGAAAUCAGGGUAUUCAGCUUUGAAGAUUGCAGAUAGUAGAGAGAAAGUGAAGGAAUUGGAGCGGGAGAUUCAGUUGGAAGCUAGGAGUAAGCAGCGAGAGGAAGAAGAGAAAGAAGAAGAUAGAUACAGGGAUAGACGAGAAAGGGACCGGGACAGAGAUAGGGGCAGGAGGAGGGAAAGAGAAAGGGAUGGAAACAGAGACAGAGAUAGAGAUAGAGAUAGAGAUAGGGGCAGGGAUAGAGAUAGCGACCGAGAUAGAGGUAGGGACAGGGAUAGGGAUAGGAAGAGAGAAAGGGAUGAUGGCUACGAUAAUGAUGAAACUAGGAAAAGGCACAUGCAGAGUCGACAUGAGAGGAGCGGGAGAGAUGGCUAUGACCGUGAAGAUAUUGAUAACAAUGAAAGAAGGGAGAGGAACAAUGGCAGGCAUAUGGGAGGUGAGCCAGAAUUAUAUCAGGUGUAUAAGGGGAGGGUGUCGAGGGUGAUGGAAUCAGGUUGUUUCGUUCAGCUGAAUGAGUUUAGAGGGAAGGAGGGAUUGGUCCACGUUUCUCAGAUGGCAACUAGGAGGAUAACUAAUGCCAAGGAUGUUGUAAAGAGGGAUCAGGAAGUUUAUGUGAAGGUGAUUUCCAUGAAUGGGCAGAAGUUGAGUUUGUCAAUGAGGGAUGUUGAUCAAAAUUCUGGCAAGGAUUUGUUGCCAUUGAAGAAGAGUGGUGAAGAUGAUGGUUUGAGAGCAAAUCCAAAUAGUAAUGGGGGUCCUGUGACUAAAACAGGGCUUUCAGGGAUUAAAAUCAAUGAAGAAGAUGAUUCUAUGCCUUCAAGGAGGCCGUUGAAGAGAAUGAGUUCACCUGAGAGAUGGGAGGCAAAACAACUCAUCGCUUCCGGGGUUUUGGGUGUUAAAGAAUAUCCCAUGUAUGAUGAUGAAGGAGAUGGUUUGAUGUAUCAGGAGGAAGGUGCCGAGGAGGAGCUAGAAAUUGAGCUGAAUGAAGAUGAGCCAGCUUUCUUGCAAGGCCAGAGUCGCUACUCCAUAGACAUGUCUCCUGUUAAGAUCUUUAAGAAUCCCGAGGGCUCAUUGAGUCGUGCUGCUGCACUUCAGUCUGCUUUAAUAAAAGAGAGAAGAGAAGUAAGGGAGCAGCAGCAGAGGACAAUGCUGGAUUCAAUUCCAAAAGAUUUGAAUCGACCAUGGGAAGACCCAAUGCCUGAGACAGGCGAGAGGCAUUUGGCACAAGAGUUGAGGGGUGUUGGAUUGUCAGCAUAUGACAUGCCAGAAUGGAAAAAGGAUGCCUAUGGAAAAGCUCUUACUUUUGGGCAAAGAUCCAAGCUUUCUAUUCAGGAGCAAAGGCAGAGCCUGCCCAUUUAUAAGCUAAAGAAAGAGUUAAUACAGGCUGUCCAUGAUAAUCAGGUUUUGGUUGUGAUUGGUGAGACAGGUUCAGGCAAAACGACUCAGGUUACCCAGUAUUUAGCUGAGGCUGGAUAUACUACCAAGGGUAAAAUUGGAUGCACUCAGCCUCGGAGGGUGGCUGCCAUGUCUGUGGCUAAGAGGGUCGCUGAGGAGUUCGGUUGCCGUUUGGGUGAAGAGGUGGGGUAUGCUAUCCGUUUUGAGGAUUGCACUGGACCUGACACUGUCAUCAAGUAUAUGACUGAUGGCAUGUUGCUGAGGGAGAUUCUGGUUGAUGAGAAUUUGUCUCAAUAUUCUGUGAUCAUGCUGGAUGAAGCUCAUGAGAGGACAAUUCAUACUGAUGUGCUUUUUGGGCUGCUUAAGCAACUUGUGAAACGGAGACCCGACCUUCGUUUGAUUGUCACGUCUGCCACACUGGAUGCUGAGAAAUUCUCGGGUUAUUUCUUCAACUGUAACAUCUUCACCAUUCCCGGAAGAACUUUUCCAGUUGAAAUACUAUACACUAAGCAGCCAGAAAGUGACUACCUUGAUGCUUCUCUAAUUACAGUCUUGCAAAUCCAUUUGACCGAGCCUGAAGGUGAUGUUUUACUCUUCUUAACUGGUCAGGAAGAAAUCGAUUAUGCAUGUCAAUGUCUCUAUGAGAGAAUGAAAGGGCUGGGUAAAAAUGUUCCCGAGUUAAUCAUCUUACCAGUAUACAGUGCCCUUCCAAGUGAAAUGCAAUCAAGAAUUUUUGAACCAGCCCCUCUAGGAAAGAGAAAAGUUGUUGUCGCAACCAACAUUGCUGAAGCUUCGUUGACAAUUGAUGGUAUAUUCUAUGUCAUCGAUCCUGGAUUUGCCAAGCAGAAUGUUUACAAUCCUAAACAAGGAUUGGAUUCGUUGGUGAUAACUCCAAUUUCCCAAGCCUCAGCAAAACAGAGAGCAGGACGUGCUGGACGUACAGGACCCGGAAAGUGUUAUCGUCUGUACACAGAGAGUGCAUUCCACAAUGAAAUGCCACCCACCACAAUUCCAGAAAUUCAGAGGAUUAAUCUUGGGACAACUACUCUUAAUAUGAAAGCUAUGGGCAUUAAUGAUCUUCUGUCUUUCGAUUUUAUGGACCCUCCUUCUCCUCAAGCCCUCAUAUCUGCCAUGGAACAACUUUACAGUCUUGGAGCUUUGGAUGAAGAGGGACUUCUUACUAAAUUGGGCAGGAAAAUGGCCGAAUUUCCUCUUGAUCCCCCUUUAUCUAAGAUGCUUCUAGCUAGUGUCGAUCUUGGUUGCAGUGAUGAGAUUUUAACAAUAAUUGCAAUGAUUCAAACCGGAAAUAUCUUCUAUCGUCCAAGGGAAAAACAGGCUCAAGCGGAUCAGAAAAGGGCUAAAUUUUUCCAGCCGGAGGGAGAUCAUUUGACGUUACUUGCGGUUUAUGAGGCUUGGAAAGCAAAAAACUUUUCUGGUCCAUGGUGCUUUGAAAACUUUGUUCAGUCCCGAUCUUUGAGGAGAGCUCAGGAUGUUAGGAAGCAACUUCUCUCCAUCAUGGACAAGUAUAAAUUGGAUGUCUUGGGUGCUGGAAAGAAUUUCACCAAGAUUAGGAAGGCUAUUACAGCAGGCUUCUUCUUCCAUGCUGCCAGGAAGGAUCCACAAGAGGGUUAUAGGACCCUGGUGGAGAACCAACCAGUUUAUAUUCAUCCAAGCAGUGCCCUUUUUCAAAGACAACCUGAUUGGGUUAUCUACCAUGAGCUGGUGAUGACCACAAAAGAGUAUAUGCGUGAGGUAACAGUCAUAGAUCCAAAGUGGCUUGUUGAACUGGCACCGAGAUUUUUCAAGGUGUCAGAUCCCACAAAGAUGAGCAAGCGCAAGAGACAAGAACGGAUUGAACCACUUUAUGACAGAUAUCAUGAGCCUAACUCUUGGCGCCUCAGUAAAAGGAGGGCUUGAUUUGUCUUUGCUGUAUAACCACGUUUCAGAUAUUACAAGCCACUUCUGGCGAAGUGAUUGGAAUUGGGUUUUUUCCUUGUGCUUGAAUUGUAUCAUAGACAGUCACUCUUGUUCCUCUCUUGUAGGCCUAAUUGUUGUAAAUUUGGGAAAUUCUUUUUGCCUUUUGAAGAGUCCACAUUUUACCUUUGAAAGCCCUUUAAUGACCCCAACAGAGGGGUUAUUCACCCGUGCUGCCGCCUUGUUGCAUAAGUGCUGUGGUUUAUCUCAUAUAAAGCUGGAAAUGUCACUUUUUGAA